AUGGCACGAAUCAUCUGCACUGUUUACGCGAGGAUCUGCGUCAUUUUUGAACCUUUUGUUCCAAGCCUUCUCUCCACCACUACCAUCACCACCAAUAGAUGUUCCUUCAGGCGCCUCUAUGUUUCACACUUGAAAGCUUUCCACAUGAAAAACAAUAACAAGCAAAAGGCCUCCAAAUCGGGUUCGAUACUCGGAUCAUCCAGGAUGAAACGAGUUGCAGCCCGUUUCAUGAGCAGCGAACUUUCACCUGAAUCCCAAGGCCUAGGGUUCCUACUCUCUAGUGUCACCAUGACCAACAACAAAGCAUCUGCCAUUAAAAACAACGUAAACCAAAUAUUGAUACAAUCGGCUUCGCCAAACACCGUAGGAGCAGUAGGGCUCACCUUUCGUUACGCAAACAUACUCAUCAUGGCGGAGACAUACUUCUAUUCGACGCAUGGGGUUGGCAGAAGGGUGGAAAGAGGCGUUGGAGGAAAUAAUAGGGUGGUUGGCUCCAGUGGCGCACGAAACACUAAUGUGGUAGCAAGAGAGGAAGCUGGAGCAGCAAAAACUGGAUGCAAGGCCCACGGUUCUCUUGUUCCAAACGCUGCAUUUCUCGGAUUUGGAGAAAACGGAGGCUGCCAUCGUGGAGGAAUUUAUAGGGUCGAGUUGUAUAUAUUGUUACGAGAAUCGCAGGAGGUGAAUGAUGUUGGCUGUAAGGAACGCCACUUAAGAACACUCUUUCUUGGUUCUAAUCGAAUUCAAGGAACGAUACCGGUGUCAAGGCUUUCCUAUCUUGAUCUGUCGGUCAACCGGCUGGAAGGUACCAUUCCAAGUGAGUUAGGUGCACUGUCAGAGCUUGCAGACGUAUCUUUCUCGACGAAUUUUCUCACAGGACAUAUUCCGUCUUCAUAUGCGAAUCUCUCCUCGUUGUCGAAUCUUGUUCUGAUGUCCAACAGUUUGAAAGGGCCUCUACCAGAAGGGUUAGGUCGCCUUCCGUUCUUAAUCAAUCUUCAAAUCGGUCUUAACAGCAUCUCUGGUGAAAUCCCACGUUCACUGUUCAAUUGUUCCUCAUUGAUUGUCUUAGCCAUGGCUGUCAAUAGACUCACAGGUACCCUUCCGCCGGACAUGUUUACUAAUCUAACUAGCUUAACAACCCUUUACUUGGGAGGGAAUCUCUUGUCCGGACGCUUACCACCAUCCAUAGGCAAUGCUUCAAGCUUAACUCGAGUCGACCUCGCAAACAACAGCUUCAGUGGCCAAAUCCCAUGUCUAGGGAACCUACCAAAUGUUCAAAUAUUAAGCUUACAGAGUAAUGAGCUGGUUAAUGAUGAACCAAGAGGCAUGGAUUUCCUUACUUCUUUGGCAAAUUCUCCCCAACUUGAAGUAUUUUCGGUGGCCGAAAACCGUCUUACCUGUAAACUUCCAUCUUCCAUAGGCAACCUCUCGAGACAACUUUCAUUGUUGGUGAUGAACAACAACUUUUUUGAAGGGACCUUGCCUAGAGAAAUAAGCAAUUUGAUCAACGUAAUCCUGAUCGCUUUUGAACACAAUUCCUUAACCGGAACCAUUCCACCUUCAAUAGGAACUUUGCCAAACUUACAGUACAUUUUGCUACAUGAAAACAGAUUCUCAGGAAACAUACCAGAGUCUCUUGGAAACUUGACAUAUUUGGCUGAAGUUCAUCUCUUAGAAGGGACCAUUCCUUCAAGCUUCGGAAACUGUCAGCGUCUUCAGUUGCUAGACCUUUCAGUUAACUUGCUUAAUGGUACCAUACCAAGAGAUAUAUUUCAAAUCCCGAGUUUCGGUAAGGUCUUGAACCUGUCUUUCAAUUCUUUAACCAGAUCCGUUCCGCCCGAAAUCGAUAUGUCUAGAAAUUCGUUUCAAGGAACCAUACCAAAUUCUCUGGACAAAUUGAGAGGGAUGGAGUAUAUUAGCCUUUCUUCAAACAAGCUCACCGGUAACAUACGGGCUUCUCUAGAAUCUUUAAGGUUCUUGCAAGUUUUAAACCUGUCCAGGAACCAACUCUCAGGGGAGGUUCCAACAGCAGGGGUUUUCGGAAACUUGACAGUCAUUUCCCUUUCCGAAAAUCUCGAGCUUUGUGAUGGAGUACCUGACUUAGAACUACCCAAAUGCGAUUCUCCUGGAGAAAAGUUCAGCGGUUCGAGAUUAAGAAUUGUACUAAUAGCGUCGUUUGCAUUCAUCUUGGCUUCUGUGUUAGUCUUUUGGUUUGUGAGUAGAAAGAAGGAUUCAGGCGUCCAUCAGGUUAAGGAGUAA